UCACGCCAUCAUGUCAGGACGCGAAGCUGCCGCGCCUGCUGCUGCAGGCCAGGCGGACGAGGGAGGGAACAAAGUAUGGGGGAUGGUAAAGCAAAUGGUCAUGGUCUACGCGUUCUCCCAGCUUGCCUCCAAAUACCUUAUGCCGAAGCCUGCCACCACGGCCCCUCCUGUCGCAAAUGUGAACGCUCCCCCAGGCGCUAAAGUGACCACGUCCGCCCCCACCUCCGCGACCCCAGAUUGGGAGCUCGGCACGCCGCUCGAUAUACAUGUGUACUUCACUUCUGCGCCUCGGCCGGAGGUCUUCUCGAAGAAGUACGUGCAGAGCUAUCGCGGGGAGGGGGACGAGGACCAGCUGCAGCGCAUCGUUUGGGAGAAUAUCACCUACGGAAACUGGAGCGACUCGAGGGAAGCUCAGCUUGAUAUUCGGCUGCCAGAGGUCGUAACGCACCGCAAUGGCUCGCUGUACGCCGACGUGUACCUCUUGAGGAACGGCGCGGGGCUCGAUCCGGAUGCGGAGGGAUUCAAUUUGGGGGAUAUCUAUCACGUCCGGAAGUCGCUGACCCCAUAUCUGCCGAAGCAUCGGGUACGGAAAGAGAAGAACCUGCUCGCGUUGAAGGAGGAAGAAGAGGAAGAGGAGGAGCCGGAGGUCAUCGUCCCCCAUUGGCACGCAAAUCACACUUUGGCAAUCGUUUCGGACGCACCUGCAAUAAACACGGCUCAGCUUCCUCCUCCGGCUGCCCAGCACAUCGCCUGGGCACCGUACAAGGACGCCGAAGGCCACAUCUCCGUCAAGUACAAGCCCAUCACCUUCUUCAACGAAUUCUGGCACCUCAAAUCGCACUAUCACGAGCUUAACGCGACCACGCCCGUUGUCCCCCUCCACCUCGUCUUCCAGCCGAUGUCGUACAUGAAGUUCCAAAUGUUCACGACUAUGACGGCGAGCUUCAAUGAGGCGGCACAGAAGCAGGGUGGCGGAGGCGCAGAGUUUGACGAGAUUAAGCGGAUGUUGUUGGAGACGAACCCGUACUUCCUCGCGUUGACAGCCUUCGUCACGGUGCUGCAUAUGCUGUUUGAGAUGUUGGCAUUUUCGUCGGAUGUGUCGCAUUGGCGCAACAAGCAGGAGAUGGUUGGUGUCUCCGUCCGCACAAUCAUCGUCAACGUUGUCACCCAGAUCAUCAUCCUACUAUACCUCAUCGACAACAACGAGGAGACGAGUUGGAUGAUUCUGUUUACCUCUGGCAUUGGUAUCGUCAUUGAGGCAUGGAAGAUCACCAAAGCCGUCGACGUUGUCGUCAGCCCUGCGCCUGGCAAGGCCAUCCCUUACAAGGUCGAGUUCAAGGACAAGCACGUGCUUAGCGAGGAUGAGAAGAAGACGCAGGAGUACGAUAAGCUGGCGUUCCGCUACGUCUCGUAUGUGGCGAUUCCGACGCUCAUUGGGUACACGAUCUACUCCCUCAUCUACGAGACCCACCGGGGAUGGUACAGCUUCAUCAUCAGCACGCUCACGUCCUACGUGUACAUGUUCGGCUUCGCGCAGCUCGUGCCGCAGCUCAUCAUCAACUACAAGCUCAAGAGCGUCGCGCACAUGCCCAUCAAGGCCAUGGUCUACAAGACCCUCUCCACCGUCGUCGACGACUUCUUCGCCUUCUGCAUCAAGAUGCCCAUCCUGCACCGGCUCGCGUGCUUCCGCGACGACGUCGUCUUCCUCAUCUUCCUCUACCAGCGCUGGAUUUACCGCAUCGACCCGAAGCGGGUGAAUGAGUACGGACAGGUGAUGGUGGAGGAUGUAGAUGCAUUGAAGGAGGGGGAGAAGGCGGGCGAAGGCGAGAAGGAGGAGACCAAGAAGACGAGAUAGGGACGCUUGUUGUAUUAUCUUGGUUGUAAGGAGUAUUCAUUGGAGUCCCUUGAUAUUCGACCUGCCCAAUAAUCAUUCACAAGACG